AUGCCAGUUCAAAGUAGGCGAGUACAUGCUAUUACACCGUACGGGCCACACAGGAUGGAGUAUCCUUUCAGUUUCAACGAGAGCGAAAAAAAAAACAAGUAAAACAAUGCAAAACAAAUCAAAACAAACAAGGCGAUAUACAACCCACAAGGAGAAACAACAGGGCGGUUAGGUCAUUCGAAAGGUGUAAGCGAGGCGGUUUCCUUCAACUAUCGAUUUAUUGUGUCGUGUUGCUACUCUGUGUGUCUGUGUGUGGAGUUGUUUUCGAAAGUUGACUGUUGCCUUUAUCGCAAUUGAGAGAGGAAGAGGAAGGCGUUUGAAGAACGAGGAAGCGGUUAGACUACAGCCGGAGAGUAAGAGCCAGCAAUGUCCAGAAGACCGUAUUUUGCACCCAACAGGUACAGAAAGUCACGAGGGGAUUCCUAUAUCCCUUCAAGAGGCACACAUCUUCCUUCACCAGAGAGAUUACCAGUAGAGAGGAACCACCACACGGACAGGUCGUACGAUAGAGAUCGCUACUUCUCCCAGAGGGAUAGAGGUGACGCGAAAUAUGCUUCAUACAGUUCAAAGUUCAACCCUAGAGAGCAGACGUCGAUGUCAAGAACCACGAGCAGUUCUUCAACGUCUGUUAAGUCUACUUCGUCUUCAGCGACGAUUCACGAUUCAGCUUCCUUGUCUACUGCAACCUCCAAAAACGCGGUGUUGCAAUCACCACCGUUGUCCAAAUGGGAGAGUGAUACAAAUUUCGAUAUUACCAAAUGGAAAGAUCAAAAGCAUCUGUUGCACAAUGGCCAACUGACAGACCCUAAUGCCAUAUGUAUGGCUGAUAGACCCGCGAUCCAUGCAGUUUAUGACCCCGAAGUUAAAAAGGACGAGUCAAAGGGCAAGACAAUCGUGUAUAAGUCGUAUCCCAAAGAUUCCGUACCCAAGACGAAGGAUCCAAGGCAAAGGCACCAUCAGAGCACUCCAAAGAGACACAAGAAAAUUCCAUACAAAUCGCUACCAAUUCCGAAGUUCUUGUACGAUAAGAAUUCUGUCGGGCCUGAACCUCCUUCAGAAAUCGUCAUCUCGGGAUUGGGGAACCUAUGGAAUGAGACGUAUUUGAGAAACCAGGUUUCUUCUUUCGGUAGAAUUGAAGAAUACGAUAACAUCAUGGACUUGUCUACUGGUAUGCUAUUGGGUAUAGUUAGGGUCAAAUUUGGCGGAUCCAUUGAUAAGGCUAGUAGGUGUGCUCAGAAAGCCACUGAUGGGUUAAACAAUAUGACCUUUGAAGGAAAGAAGAUACAAGCAGUAUUACAAAGGGACUCACAAACCCUCGAAACUGUGAAGAAGAAAGAAAUCACUAAAAGAUUGGUGAAACAGAAGAAGCUGGAGAUGAAGACAGCCCCUGCACCAACUGCACCAAAAGCUCAGUUGGAUGCUAUAGCUAGAAGAGAUGCAAAGAGGGAAUUAAUAAAGAAACAAGUUGCUGAACAAAAGGCGCCACAUGUGAAACAAUCACAACAAGACACCAAGGAGGCUUUUGUUAUUCCUAACGAAAUUUCUAAAUACGUCAAAGGCAGACCUUUUUUGUUCAUUGAUCGCAAAAGCACGUAUGACAAGAUAAGUAAGGAUGACUUGAAGGACUAUUUGAACAGAUAUGACUGGACCAGAAUAUUGGAAGAACCAAUGGGCUUUUUUGUUGUUUAUAACUCCCCAAAUGAAGCUAGACGCUGUCUACGAGCAGAAAAUGGCCAGCGUCUAAGGACAAUCAAGUUGGAUAUUAACUUACUCUUGCCAGAAGAUUACACCAUAGAGGAAUCAAAAGAGGAGGAAAGACCAGCGGAUCCGGUUGAAGAGGCAACGUUGAAUUUGACCAAAGAAUUCGAAGUUGCAUUGUUGAAGGAUAUCAGAACUAAGAUCAUUGCUCCAGCCGUAUUGAAAUGCUUAAACAUCGAUAACUAUCCAAAUCUUAAAGAGAAAAUCGAACCAGUAAUACCAACUCUACCUUUGCAAUCCAAGACAAUGUUGAAGGAGGAGUCUGAGGAGGCUAAGUCAUAUGUCAGCGAGGUUGCAGAUGACGUUUUCUCCUUACAGAGGGUGUUCCCCAAAUUACCAUCCUUUAAGAAGAAGACAGAUCAUCCUUUCAAGAAGUUAACAAAGGCGAAGAGAACAAGAAAACUUGAUACUCUACCACUCAGUUACAAAUUAAAUUUCGAAGAUGACGAGGAUACCGAAAGUGGAACAUCUAGACCUGAAACUCCACAAUUAGAGGAAGAUGGCCAACCAAAGAGAAAGAAACCAAAGACGAAAGAGCCUAUUUUGUACUCUUCAUCAGAGGAAGAAGAAGAGGAGGAGGAAGGGGAAGGAGAAUCAGCGAAGGAUUCUGUUCCUACAACUCCUGAAGCCACUCAGGCAUCUGUCAAGCCAAAUGAACCGGUCGAAGAACUCAAAGACAUUGAGAUGGCAGAUGUCGAUACUUCUGCAACAGAAACUGAUGAGGAUUACUCAAAGGUUGAUCCUUUACACCGUCCAACGGUUACAGACAUUCCAAUACCUGUCUAUGAUGAACCUUUACUCGAUCAUCUGAACUUAGAAGCUAUCAAGAAUGUCAUCAAAGAUGAUGAGGAUUUGAAUCUUCUAAGGAGUGUGUUGGCAAGUGUCGAAGAAACUCCAAUCAAGGGAUCUGUUAAAUAUUGGGCAUGGAAACAAAGACAGAUUGAAAUCUCAAAUACAACUCUUAAGCUGGAACAAUUGCCAGAAAGCCUUAGAAAUAAGACGGGGGCUCAAAGGAGUGAAGGUUACUUCAAGAUUCAGGAUGAAAUUAAAGCAGAGUACCUUCCUCACAGAAAAAGAGUCCAUGACCCACUGGCAACCAUUCAACAUGAAAAUGAAGAGAAUGAAUCCUCAAAGGUUCAAAGCUCUAGAGUCAAUCGUGCCAAUAACAGAAGAUUUGCCUAUGAGGUUAGUAACUUCAACACUGAGAAUGAGAUUUUGAAAUUAAAUCAACUGAACAAGAGAAAGAAACCCGUAUCGUUCGCAAGAUCAGCCAUCCAUAACUGGGGGCUAUAUGCUCUUGAACCAAUUGCAGCUAAGGAAAUGAUUAUUGAAUACGUUGGUGAACGUAUUCGACAACAAGUUGCCGAAGUGAGGGAAAGGGCAUACUUAAAAUCUGGUAUUGGUUCUUCUUAUUUGUUCAGAGUAGAUACAGACACUGUGAUCGAUGCUACGAAGAAAGGUGGCAUUGCAAGAUUCAUCAACCAUUGUUGUGUCCCAAGCUGUACCGCUAAGAUCAUCAAAGUGGAUGGACAGAAGCGUAUUGUCAUUUACGCCUUACGCGACAUUGGUGCCAAUGAGGAAUUGACUUACGACUACAAAUUUGAAAGGGAUGAAAACGAUAAUGAGCGUGUUAGAUGUCUAUGUGGUGCACCAGGGUGCAAAGGAUACUUGAACUAAUUGUAAUAAUCCACAUAAGGAAACAUG